GAUUUGGAGGCAAAACGACGACGAUUCGUUUUUGUUACCUUAUUAUUAUAUUGUUUUUCCAGAGAUUUCUUUUCUUUCCAUAUCUUCUUCUUCUCUCAGCUUUGGAGUUAACACUUAACAGUAGUCUUAACUUAAACAGCAUAAAGCAGAUGGCUGUGGAAGCAGCAGCUACUCUACUUCUACUGCCUCUGCUUUCAUCAAAACCCAAACCCGGUUCUUGUCUUCCUCUACGAUUACGAACCAACCGGUUCGCCACCUCUCGAACCGGUUUACUACCUCCGUUUCAUAAUAAAACCGCUCCCUCUCAGUUUACAAUUUUGCCGUUGGCGUUGAGGAGAGCGGUUUCUAAAGAAGAAGAAGAAGAAGAAGCAAAAGAGACAGAGAGUAGUAGUACUGCGGUGACAGAGCCGCCGGUGAGAAUAGUGGCACUCGUGGGUGAGGGAUCCCUCAGCCCUCUCAAAAAUGCUCCCUGGCUUGACGUCAUGCUCCACACUGCGAAGCGGCUGAAAUGGGUCGAUGAGGGGUAUGAAAUGCUUGUUUUUACUGACAAUGUUUGUCAAGCUGAUGAUGAAAGUGCUAUGGGUCUCCAGCGGGAAUUAAGCCGUGCAGAUAUUUUGAUUAUUGUUGCUGUUACAAAUCAAGAAUCUGCUACGUGGAUACAGACCAAUAGUAAAUCUACCCAAAAUGUAAUCUGCUUUGACUCCUCCCCAAAUGUGACAAACAAAUUAGGAGGAUCUUAUGUUCACACUGAAAGAAAAGGAAACAUAUUUGACAAAAUAGUUGGAUUUUCUGAGUCAAAGAAAAUUAAUGAUUCAGAAGAAGUAGUCCGGACUGUCUCAGAGGCAUGGGACCGGCAUAAUUCUGAUGAUAUAAGGUUCUGUUUGCUGGUUAUAAUCAAUGCUUAUAUAAGGCCAGUCCCUAUUCUACAGAAUCUGAGAUCAAAGGGAUUUUCUACACUGAACUGUAUGAUAAAGAACUGUGGGCCUCAGAUACUAAACUGCCUCUUGGAUCCUAAUUGUAGGAAAGCUCUUCAGUGCUUGAACCAGUGCAGUCCGGUGGACCAAGUGUGUAAUUAUCGGUGUAUUGCUUCGUAUGAAAGUCCAAAUCUAGAAGCAUUUUCUUUGUGUGUGUUGCAGAAGCACAAUUGUCUUGAACUAGAUGCAAAGAUCCCUGAAAAGCCAUGUGUGGCUCCAAUGGUGAAAUUUCAAGGGAAGGACUUGUGUCAUGAAACAGCCGAAGAUCUUUUUGUUGGCUGGUUGGGAAGUUUGAAUUGGAGUUGGCGUGUUGUGGCAGGUCAGAACCCAGCUUACGAUCAAUUUCCAUGCCAGUACCAGCUGUUCUAUAGGGGAAAAGCAAAAGGGUCAUUUUGGUAUGAGCCAGUUUUUCAAGUAAAAACCUUAGAGGGAAAGAUGGUAUGGAGGAGGCGAAGGUAUCGGGUUAAGAGAGGCAAAAUACCUGGGACGUUCUACUUCAGUGUCUUAGAUAAUGGGGUAGUUUCAAACGAGUUUUGGACUAUUGUGGAUGUAUCUGAUGAUCUUGGCUGGGGUUUGUUUCAUUAUAGUGGGGCUGCUCGAGUUGCAGGACAGUCAUAUACUGGGGCAGUGCUUGUUAGUCCAGACGGAGCAUACCCAAAUGAUAGGGAAAGGGAGAAAUUAGCUUUUGCUUUGGAGAAGUGUGGAAUUAAAGAGUGGGAGCUAUACACAGUCGAUAAUUGUUCUUGUAUAGAUCCUCCAUUGGGAAUUCCAGAGGGUUCAAGUUUGCAUUCUGUAAUCAAAAUUAAAGAUAAAAAAGGGGCGCCUGUGUAGGAAUUGUAUGUAGAAUUGUGAGUAGCUUGACCUACCAACUUCUGUAACCAUGAGUUUGGGUUGUCAAAAAAUCUGUCAUGGUUGAUUGGUAAUGGUUAGAUGCAUCAAAUUCUCUUGCACAUCGUUCUGAUCAAAGAUUUGAGGCCAGGUUCUUUGCCUCACCACUGUUCACUCUCCUAGCUUUAAUGUAUUUAUCUUUUUAUAAAGUUUCUUUUGUUAUUUUUUCCCCUCAGAUAGAGAUGUAUGAUGAGAAGUAUUUGUAUGUAUUCAAGAUGAACUCGGUGAGUAUAGCACAUCUGUAUAUGGGAAUAGAGAUUUUUAUGGCCAUUUUAAUAUUCUGUUGCUCAAUGAAAAUCUUGCAUGGAGGAGCAAUAUUAUAGUCUCUCCUGCAAUUUCAGUCAUCAA